AUGCUCACAGGGGCACACUCUGAAGAUGAGGCGAGAGAACUGUAUACUCAAAUAACAAAACUGAUGGCUCUGGGAAGCAUGAACAUCAGGAAGUGGACAAGCAACUCCAAACAGCUAUUACAAGUCAUUCCUGAAGAAUCUCGAGAAAAGGGAGUCAUCGAAAUCAAGGAAGACGAUACAAUCAAACCUCUGGGAAUACAUUGGAAUCCAACAAAAGAUGAAUUUCAAUUCACAAUCCAAAUCAGUCUCGAUGGACAUUGGACAAAGAGAGGCAUUUUAUCAAAAAUAGCCUCCAUUUUCGAUCCAACGGGAUGGCUCUCUCCCGUAAUACUUAGAGCUAAGCUAAUAAUACAAUCAUUAUGGAAGGAGCAAAUUGGAUGGGAUGGCAAACCCUCCAAUACAUUAUUGAGAUCUUGGAAGAACUUCUGUCAAGACAUAUCUGCAAUUAAAAAAAUACGCAUUUCACGAUGGACGGGAUAUGCACCUAGAGCUCAAGUACAACUUCACGGCUUCUCCCAUGCAUCGGAUCGUGCAUACGCUGCAUGUGUCUACAUGAGGGUCACUCAAGAGAAUAUAACGUAUAUAACACUGCUUGCUUCAAAGACAAAAGUAGUACCGCUCAAAGGAAAGAUAACCAUUCCACGAAUGGAACUCUGUGGAGCUGUUCUACUAGCUAAACUUCUAAAACAUACUGCAAACUCACUAGAUAUGGAAAUAUCACAGAUGUAUGCUUGGUGUGAUAGUGAGAUCACUCUAGCUUGGAUAGACAAAGAUCCGGCAACCUGGCAAACAUAUGUAGCCAACCGAGUCAACAAGAUACAUCAACACACAUCAAAGAACAUCUGCAAGCACGUCGCAUCAGAAGACAAUCCAGCUGACCAUGCUUCCAGGGGAUUGUCUGCAGCAGAUCUAGUGGAUUGUAAGCUGUGGUGGCGGGGCCCAUGA